AUGGAGUCACGGUCACGGAGAGAGGCAGAGAGUAGAGCUUCUUCUUCUCCGACUCCUGAGAAAAUCCGCCGUCCUCCACCUGAGAGCAGAGCUGCUUCUUCUUCUUCUUCUCCUCCUCCACCGAGCCCACCACCGCGCCAUCCUCUUCAUACUCGUCAUUGCAACGUCUUUGUCGGUCGCUGUCGCUGUGAGCUCGUCGCCAUAGCACGUAGUUGUCGCAACUUCUUGCGCCGUUCUAAGGAAUUUCACGUGCCCUUCCUUUUCUAUGCACGUGAGUUCCCAUCGUCGUGGCGGUGGUGGUUGUGUUAUGGUGCUGGUGAGGAUGAGAGAAAAGGCGGUGGUGCAUGUUGUUGCGGGUUCAGUGAUUCGGGGCAUGUGCAGUAUUGUGGGGACGACAAGAAGGAGCAGGGAACCACUAUGUUGAGUGCCAAGAAAAAGCUCAAGAUGAUGAAAAAACGUAUCCUUUUCGAUGAUCUUUAAGGAAAUCU